CGGUGGUAGCGAGGAGAUGACGCAAAGACUGUGACUUUGCCUCUCUUCGUCAUCGCCACAUCCCGUUCUCUUCAUCUCCCAAUGCCUCGCUCUUGUCGGACGGGAGACAGCGACGCUCAGCAGGCAGGAUGACAAACCAGGCCACAGUCAACCAGUCCAACGCCAGCAAGCACCAGGCAGGAGAUGACACCCGGCAGGAUGACAGCACAGAGGUGGGCUACAAAGAUGCCGGCCACUGCAGCCGCAACACCCACAACCUCCUGUUGGGCCUCACCGUCAUGGGUGUGGUGAUGGGAGCGGUGUUGGGCAUGCUGCUGCGCUACAUGAAGGUGACGGACAGCUCGGCCCUCACCACGGUCUCCUUCCCUGGAGAGAUCCUGAUGAGGAUGCUUAAGAUGCUCAUCCUGCCCCUCAUCAUUUCCAGCCUCAUCACAGGACUGGCGGGUCUGGACGCGCGCUCCAGUGGCAGGAUGGGCAGCAGAGCCAUGGUGUACUACAUGAGUACGACCAUCAUCGCCGCCAUCCUGGGCGUCAUUCUGGUGAUCAGCAUUCACCCUGGUAACCCCAAGCUCAAGGGGGGCUCCUCUGCCUCUGCCCUCCCAAGGACCCAGGAAGUCAGCAGUUUGGACGCCUUCCUCGACCUCCUCCGCAACCUCUUCCCGGAGAACUUGGUGCAGGCGUGCUUCCAGCAGGUCCAGACCGUGCUGAAACAGGUGGCGGUGGCGGCCACAAACCAAACGAAUCCAAUCGUAGUCAAUAGGAAGAAACUGGAAUACAAAUGGGGCAUGAACGUUCUCGGCUUGAUCGGCUUUUUCAUCACCUUUGGCAUCUGUAUGAGCAGGAUGGGCGAGCGCAGCAAGAUCAUGUGCGACUUCUUCAACAUCCUCAACGAGAUCAUCAUGACCAUGGUGUCCAUGAUUAUGUGGUACUCUCCGGUUGGCAUCGCCUCGCUGAUCGCGGGCAAGAUCGCAGCCAUCGGGGACCUUGAGGUGGUGGCGCGGCAGCUAGGCAUGUACAUGGUGACCGUCAUCGUGGGCCUGGUGAUACACGGUGGUCUCAUCCUACCCGCCAUCUUCUUCGCCAUCACACGCAAGAGCCCCUUCACCUUCUACUCAGGCAUCUUCCAGGCGUGGAUCACUGCACUGGGCACGGCCAGUAGCGCCGGGACCUUGCCGGUGACGUUCCGUUGCCUGGAGGAGAACCUGAAGAUCGACAAGCGCGUCACCCGCUUCGUGCUGCCCAUCGGCGCCACCAUCAACAUGGACGGCACGGCGCUCUACGAGGCCGUGGCGGCCAUCUUCAUCGCACAGAUGAACGACAUUUCACUGGACGGCGGCCAGAUUGUCACCGUCAGCAUGACAGCCACACUGGCCAGCGUGGGAGCGGCCAGCAUUCCAAGUGCCGGAUUGGUCACCAUGCUACUGAUCCUGACGGCCGUGGGCCUACCCACACAGGACAUCAGUCUGCUCAUCGCCGUUGACUGGCUGCUCGACCGGAUGCGGACCUCCAUCAAUGUUGUGGGUGAUUCUUUCGGGGCCGGCAUCGUGGACCACUUGUCCAAAGCGGAGCUCCAGGAAAUAGACGCGGCCGAAAUGGAAAUUCUCCCGGUGGAGGAGGAACUGGAUUUCAUCCCGCCGCCGCCCGUCCUGACCGAGAUGGACCUGGUGGACCCGCUCAAGCCGCCCGAGCUGCCCCCCCGGUCGCCCCGUCCUCCCAAGCAGAACCACCACGGCCCCGUCCUGUCUCAGUCCCACUCUGUCAACUACUCGCCGUCCCGUUCUAUCCGUUCCCCUUCGCCGCGCUCUAUCCGUUCGCCCUCCCCACGUUCCGUGUGCUCCCGCUCCCACUCCCCUCGGCCUUUCCGCGCCCACUCACCUCGCCUCCUCUGCAGGACGGAGCCGGGCUACUCCGCCCUGCCAAGCCACGAAAACCAGCUCCCUGCCCUGCCUCACCGCUACCGGGACCGCGACCGCGAGCGUCCGCACCGAGAGAGCGAGACGGAGGAGGAGGAAGAACGAGAGCGCGCCCUCGGCGAGCCCAGCGACGGCGAGGAGAGCGACGACACCGCGUACGACCGGCGGCACGCCAUUCUACCGUGCGACCUGCCGUGAAAAACAUCUCGUGUCCGCUUGUUUCGAUUCGUGUCACAAUCAAAACACCUCUCGUAUG